AUGUCCUCAAAACAAUUUCUAUCCACUCUCUUCCUACUUAUUAUCACAACCUUCAACUCACCACUAUCAGUUGUGGCUCAAUGCCCCUACCCAUGCAACCCACCACCAAUAGCCGGUGGCAGCAGCAAUAUGCCGCCACCGGCUACAACGUUGCCACCGCCAUCUCAAACGGGGAAUUACCCUCCCCCGAUUGCUGUUUUUUCACCACCGUCUAAUGUUUAUCCUUAUAACCCUCAAACACCUACCUUUUACGGUGGUGCACCACCAUCUCCUGACCCUGUAGUCCCAUGGUUCCCUUAUUACUACAAAGAUCCGCCACGAAAUCCUCAUAAGUCGUCGGCGGCUGAUCGGCUAAGUGGAUCAAUGGUUGUGAUUUUCUUAUUACAUGUUCUUCUGUCGUUAAAUUAA